AUGACGAAUUUGGUUCUCGCAGAAGUGCCUGUGAAGGAGUAUGUUUAUCCGAGAAUUCUCGAAGCGAGGAGUGCAAAUGGCGAGAAGAUGCUCCACAUACGUGAUGGGCUUACUCUGAGCUUAGAAAAGAGCAAAGUGCUUUCCGAAAACUUCGUUCUUUCUAAUGGUGAUGAUGUGAACUACUCCAACAGUUCUCUGGAUGUCAAGGAAAUUGAAGAGAGUUUGUACCAGGACAGGAAACACGGCUCCUCUAUUGUGGUCCAAGAAUCGAAUGGAUAUGUCCAAGUGACAGGUAUCCUCACUGACACCUUAUCAAUCGAGCCAGUAUUAUCUAAUACCCGAUCAAAAGAUGGAAUCGUUGCUCACUUGAUAUCAAUGUUUAAUGAUUCGUCCAUUCCAAUGUAUGCUGAUUAUGUUGGUAAUAGGAACUUAGCGGAACGAAAAUUUGGUGGCAAUAUCCACAGAGUGGAAAGACAACAUCUCGGAAACUUGCCCCAAACAGUUACGGUUGAAACUAGAAUAGUCUACGACGCUGCUCUUCGCCAACAGAAAGGAAGUCGUCUCACUCAAUAUUUGAUAAUUGUAAUGAAUAAGGUUAACCUGAUCUACACAGCGCUGCAAAAUCCAAGGCCGCGUUUUGUCGUUGUUGGCAUUCAUAAAUUAAGGGAUGAAGCAUACUUAAGAUUAACUUCUGAUGGGCUCAUAAAGGUUUGCAACACAAUAUAUCCACUUAAUACUUAUGUCUCAAAAUCAUGGAGGCAUGAUGCUCAGGAUACUGUGGCCUUUGUCUCAGGAAUACGAUUUAGCGAUAGGUCCACGCCUGGAUGCACCAUUCGCUGUGGUAUCUGCACGUCCGAAAAAGUAACCGUUCAAUCGGUUCGAGGAUUGGACGAUAAAUCAUCCGCACUACUUAUUGCCCAUGAAUUGGGUCACCAAUUGGGAAUGGCACACGAAGGAGAAGGUACUGGAUAUGCAGGUCUUAAAUGUGGUCUGGGGGCAGGAUAUGUGAUGGCCCCUGCAAUGAAUAUGCCUGGACGCUCACCAUUUUCUCGCUGCGUCUACGAACAGAUGAAGAACUGCCUAAUGUAA